CAUCUACCCAAUUUCAUUCCUUAAAAUAUUUAAACUUGCGAUGUCAACAAAUACCGGGAAGCACUUCUUGGAAGUGUUCGUAUCAUCUGAUCAACUAUACCACAAGUGACAAGUAUAGAGAAGUGACCGUCUUGUAUCACUAUGCCUAUGGCCCUAAAACUGAUGCAUUCAAGGUUGUUUUUUCCAUGUUCCUUCUCCCGAACACUAUUAAAUGCUACUCGUUAUAUAAGUUGCACUUCAAAGUUUCCUCUCUCUUCUGAAAAGGAGACUGAUAAAAAUGCAAGCACAAAUGAUAUGAAAUCAUCUCAAAUUGGUAACCAAUCUCUUAACAUUGAGAAUACAGAUAAAGAAACAAAUUUUAGCAUCGAUGGAAUGAUUUUAAGUAGCACUUCUUCAGCUGGACAUGAGGAUGGAGCUCGUCAUUCGGAAGAUGGGAAUGAUGAUUUUGAAUAUGCUAAUGAUGAUGACAUAGCUGCACAAAUAUUGAGUGUGGCUCUAGAAUAUGUCCCAACUUAUGGAUGGAGUGAUCGUGCAAUUGAAGAAGCAGUCAAAUCUCUUGAUUUGUCACCAAGCUCAGCUGGUAUUUUUAAAAGAGGAGGGGUAGAUCUGGUACUUCAUUUUAUUGAGGAGUGCAAUAAUGCAUUAUCUGAACACAUGUCUGAAAAUUCAAGAAGUGCAAACAAUAACAUUGUUAGUACAUCUGAUUUUAUUGAGGAAGCUGUAAAAAUGCGUUUAAAAAUGAUUAUUCCAUACAUUGACACUUGGCCUCAAGCUUUGACCUUGUUGGCUUCUCCUAUAGCUGUUGCUGAUUGUUUGGAAAAUGGAGCCAAUAUGGUUGAUGAAAUAUGGUAUCAUGCUGGAGAUGUGUCAACAGAUAUGAACUGGUAUACAAAGCGUGCUGCAUUAGCUGCAGUGUAUGCCUCAACUGAAAUAUAUAUGUUGCGGGAUAACUCUGUAGAAUUUGCAGAUACUUGGGACUUUCUUCAUAGAAGAUUGGAAGACUUCAAAGCAGCUGAAAUUACCAAAAACUCCUGUGCAAAUGCUAUGAAUGAUUUUUAUGCAUUGGCCAGUGCAGGAUUUACAACUGCGCAAAAUAUUUUGGGAAUGAAUAGUCGAAAAAGAUAACCUUGUUUAACUUCUGAAAUGUUUCAUCUUAUGCAAAGCAUGUGUAUAUAGCUACAUUUCUUUUUGUUAUUAUGAAAAAAUAUUUGUCUUUCA